AUGACGUCGUCCACCCAGGAGUGCCACAUCUGUCUCGAAGAGCUGCGGCGCGACCUCGUGACGGCGCCAUGCGGCCACGUCUUCCAUCACGUCUGCAUCCUCCAGGCGCUCCACGUGAACCCGCAGUGCCCCAUCUGUCGACGGCGAACCGACGACAGCGACCUCAUCACGCUCUAUUUCGACGUGUCAAACGUGCACGAGACCGUUUCCAGCAGCAGCAGGAGCGACGAGAUGGGUACACUGGCUCCUGCAGCCGACUCGGGCGACACAAAGGCGCUCAGUUCCCGCGUGAAUUCGCUCAUGGAGCGGAUCCAGUGGCAGAACAAGCAACAGGAUCGACUUGUGGACGAGCUCCGACGGCUGCGGAGUCAGAGCGAGCUCCUAUUGGCAGAUAAACAGACGCUGAGUGAGCGGGUGGGCGCUUUGCACGAUACGAAGACGGAGCUGUUGAUUAAAGUGGCGAGGUAUCAGAUGGAACUCACGCGGCAGACGGAAGCUGCGCGUCAAUCGAGUGUGAACCAGAGCAUUCUCAGGUACUUGGAGACGUGUGACGCUGCUGCGUUGGAAGAGGAGGUUCGGAACCCUACGGAGCUGAUUGUUGCACUGAAGAAAGCGUGCAAGUUCCGUCAUGAUCAGUACCAGAAGGUCGUGAAGGAGAAGAUGCGGCUCAAAGAGAUACUACACAACAACUUGCAGCCGUUCAGUGGACAGCUACAGCGGACUCCAGCGACCGACCGAAUCGCCAAGACGAAGCAUCGAGCUACAGCGCGAGCGCUUGAGACAAAACGCGCGUACUUGACACCAUCAGCAGGGGUUGGAAUGGGACUGCAGCCUCAAGUGAUGACGAACAAGAAGCGUAAAAUGGACGCCACGUCGUCGGUGGCUGUUGAUCCAGUGCCUUGUGUGGAAUACAAGGGCAGCGACGACAGUUUUGGAUGGAAUCCACGGUUGGAGUCGAUGGGGUUUGCCUACUCGGACGUCCCGAUUCGCCCGCCGCCUCCCGUUUCGAGGCAAUUCUUUGGGCGCAACAGCUUUUAUUCGAAUCAGCAUGGAGCAUCUACCUCGACGCCAUCUGGUCGACCAGUCCUGCAGACGACUGGCUCUCAAGCUGCUGUGUGUCGACGUGGCUACGACGAAACUGGCAAGUUGACGAACUUUUUUCGCCCAAACGAGGAGGUGGAGUUGCGCUUUUCGUCUCGACAUAAAACGGUGCCGAGUAUGCAGAACCUGCUGGAUGCCCAGCCAAUAACUGCUGUUCAGCAGCCACGGAUGGUGAGUAACGAUCGGCAGGAGUAUGCACUGACUAAUUGGCUGCGCAAUAAUUAA